GGUAUUCAUCAGUCGUUUCUCAACUCUCAAACAUGUACGUUCUCGUGGCUUUCGUUGGUUGCCUGGCCCUGGCCUCGGCCGCUGAUCUAUCUGCCGGCGUCGAAGGCGGCAAAGUGAUAUUCGAACAGAAUGUCACCGCAAGCCCAGCUAUUUGGAGACAAGUGAAGAACCUGACUGUGAAUGCAACUGAAAACGAUGUCAUCAGUCGUGUAGUUGUUAUUGACAACAGGGCAGAAAAGGACGGCGAAGCAACAAUCGUUGAAGGAGGACAGGGACACAACAACGUCACCAUCGAAUUGAAGAGCCCCGCAGUUUUCAGAGGGUUCGAUUUCACCGUCAAAGUGUUCGGACAAAACGAUGACGGGCAAGUGCAACAAACUCCUCAAGUUAUUGGAAACGACGGUCAAAGCCAAGUGCCGAUGAAGGAUUUGGAAGUUAACGAUGCAACCCAACAGCAUGAAAGCGAAGCUGAUGUUAUUGAGCAAAAGCCAACAAACGAUCAGCAGCAAGUACAAAUCCCAUUAGACGUCACCAAAGAGCAGGCGAGACCGAACCGAGGAACUGAACAGAAGCAACAGGCUCAGGUACCAAUUAACAUUCCUAAGGAAGGCAAACCCGAAGACACGCAAUCAAUUGCUGACAAAAACUACAACGAAUACAAAGGCAUCUCCCAAAUAUUCGACGAAGACUCCAAGAAGGAUUCGAAGGAUACCGCCGCUGUUAAUCCCGCUGUUUUUGACAAGGAUUCAAACCAGCAAGUCCAAAAGAGCGAGCUCUCGACUACUCCUAAGACGGAACAACAAAAGCCUCAAGUUUUGCGUCAGACAGAACAGCAACAAACUCAAGUGACAAAUGACGAUGUACAGCAGGUCAAAGGUCACAAGCUGCCAUUACCUUACGUUCGUCAGUAAGUUUCCAAAAUGUGAUAUUUACUUAUAAGUAUUUAUGCUGUGAGCGAGACUUGUCUUGCCUGUUACAUUUAACAUUUAAAUAAAUAUAUAAAUAGUAAAA